CUGAAAAAGGCGGGAAAAUAAAUUAACCAAACAAUUCCGAAAAAAUAAUUCUUUGAAAAUAUGAGAUUUAAACUUUGUGUUUAAAAUGGAUGAAAUUGAUAUAGAAUCAGCUCUAAACGAAAUUGAAAAUGAAAGUGAUGAUGAGGAUGAGGUACAAAUAUCACUUCCAGAAAUAAUUCAGCUGAUGGAAGAAACUUGGCUAAACGAGAAGUUCUCGCCCGAAAUUUUACCAAAUAAAAUGGAAAUAGUCGAGUUACUUUUAGACCAAAUCACUACUUUAGAAACUAAUUUAAAGAAACUGAACAAUUCAGAUUUUAAGAAAGGUUUAUACCAAAUGGAAGUAGAUAGAUUAAGAUUCCUUAUAUCCAGUUAUUUAAGGAAACGCUUAGAAAAAAUAGAAAUAUUCUGUACAGCAAUAUUAGAACAAGAAAAGCUCAGAAGUCAGCAAGGAAAAGACAACUAUUUGAGCCAAAAUGAACUGCAAUUUGCUCAAGAAUAUGAUCAAAGCAUAAAAGAUAAUUUUGAAUCGGUAAUGAGAUUCUGUCCUGGCAUUAUCGAAACACAAAUUAUCAGCCCAAAUAUACACAGUAUGGUGUUCCUAAAAUCGAAAGAAAAUAUUGAUGGCAUAGUUAUCGAUGAUGGAAAUGAUGACAAUGAUUUGAUUGAUUUAACAACAGGGGCACAAGUAUUGAUCGGCUACAAAAGUAUUAGUAAUUUAGUUAAAAAUGGAGAUGUUCAUCUUAUAUGAUUCAAAUUAUAAUUGAUAUCAAAAAAUAAGGAUAUAAGACCAGAAAAAUAGGAAGAUUACACAAAAAUAACAAAAGGAAACAUUAAAAUAUGUAGUGGACAUAUUUUUUAUCAAAUAAUUAGAUACUACCAGAAUGGCCAAUUUUGUAUAAAUAUAUUUUUGAAAUUAAACUGAAAAUUAUAAAUAUAUUGUA